CCAAACAGGAACGCAGUUAGCGUUUGUUUUAUAAGGGAGUGUCUGGGGAAGCCGAUCACACUUGGAUCUCACGUCUCUCUUUGUGUAAUUUUCACAUUAAAACAAUGGAGGAAUACCAUUCAGGAGAGGAGGUACCCUUCAAUCCAGAUGAAGCAAGUAACUGUGUUAAAGAGUGUAUUGAGGGAAUCAUUGGAGGAGUGGAUUACAACCAGAACAAAGUGAACCAAUGGACAGCCACCAUUGUGGAGCACUCCCUCACCCAGUUGGUUAAACAAGGAAAACCAUUCAAGUACAUCGUGAAUUGUGCUGUGAUGCAGAAGAGCGGCGCGGGUCUCCACACGGCUAACUCCUGCUACUGGGACACUGCCACUGACGGGAGCUGCACGGUGAGAUGGGAGAACCGCACCAUGUACUGUGUGGUCAGCGUCUUCGCCGUGGCCGUCUCUGUUUAACGGCAUGCCCCCGAAACCCAGCCCCCCUUAGGGCCCGGGAGAGAACGACAUGCACACAGACACGCAGGGGAACCACCAAAGCCUUCCAAGAUCUGAUGCUGAAUCUAACGACGCGAAAUGUGUGUUUAAAAAAAAAAAAAAAAACAGAAAACAAAACAAAACUCACCCACACUACGGAUUUGCUAGUAUUGACCACUUGUGAGAGUGCACCGCUGUCGAUUUGUGCAUCCAUUGGUAAUGCCAUUUUACACCCGUGCUUGGCUUUCAUGCUCAGAUACUGUACGCUUCAGUUAUCGUCAUUAUAGUACUGAGAUCAAUGCAAUAUCACCGAGUCCAGUGCGUUUGUUUUUAGCCAAGAAGAUGGACAGAUAUGACCAGGUAAAGAUGUUUCUUUCAGUAAUGCUUAGACUUUUGUUGUUUCAUAAAAUAUUUUAGAAAAUAUAUCAGAGUUUACUGGAAUAUAGUAAGUAUGUAGAAGGAGUAAAGCUAAGAAAGUAAUGUCGAAUUGAAAUAGUCUAUUUAGGGUUUAAGAUGGGAAAAGCUGUUUAAUGGCUUUGUUUACUCUGAAGAGAGACUGAAGAAUGGGGUAACAACUAAGAACUGAAAAUUCAUUCCUGUAAGUCAUUAGUAUUAUCAGUGGUUUUGUUUUUUCCUCUGUAAUUGAUUUCAUUUUGGUCCUUGGAUGAAAAAAAUACUAUGAGAUUCAUUUUUAUGGUCUCUGCCCUUGCAGAUGAAAAGAAUGCGUGUAAUAGAGUUAAAGAAAAUGCUUAAUGUACAUGGAACUAAUGCAAGAUGCCCCUUCUCUCUGGUCGCAACGCUCUUACCCUGCCUUCUAACAUUUAGAGAACUGUAGUACUUUGGCUGGCUACAUGGACAGACCUCUCAGAGCAGUUCCACUGUUUCUUUGAUAUGAAAGUAUUUACAGUGUUAAUUUUAAGAUAAUUUGUUAAAGUUGUGAAAUAUUUCUAUUGUAAUUUAUUGUUCUUUUAAGAGACAGCAGUACGAUGAAAUUUAGUAAUUUAAAUCCCCUUAAAGCAAGAACGAGUCAGACUGCUAAAAAAUCAAGUCAUAUUUGAAUUUCAGAUAUAAAACUUUGAGUUUCUUAAACAAUGUGAAACUUUUUGAUAUUGCUCCAUCUGAUUCGUAUCAGUUGAUAGGAAGGCCCUGUUGAUCUUAAAUCUGUAGAUGAAAUAUACAGUGCAGUUUCAGAAUGUUUCCUGUUAGGAAAUCAUGUUUACUUGCGAAAAAAAUUCUCAGAGCACUUCCGAUCAAACUCUCCAUCAUCUCCAGAUUUGGAGACAGGAUCUUGCAUCUCACAAGGGCCGCUCACCAUAGCUGCCACAGCUGCUGUUAUUUCAACAUUCUGAUUUUCAUAAGCCGCUGUUGUUUAUGUAAUUACCAACUUGAUAGCUGUAGCCCAGUGUGUCUGGCGGCCUGCCGCGUAAGGUGUCAAAAUGUAAUUGCCCAUUUGUCGCUCUAUGAUGACGAUUGACCAUGCAUUGUAAAUAACGGAGGAGCAUGCCUUUUCUUUGGGAGACAUGUGUCCAUGACGUGCUGGACCGAAGCUCCAGAGAGUCCGCAGCCGCUCUGGGUCACAUGGUGCCUAGCCGGGUGACCGGAGCGGGGUCCGGUGCCUGGCCCCCUGAGUGAUCUGGAUCCGGUGCUCUUUGUAUGGAGGGACCACACCAGAGCUACAAAUAAACACAGUUAAUCCAUCAAGUCUGUCUUUUUGAUGCGGAUAUAUUUCUGCUGUGCUUGGGAUUCGUAAAUUCAUUUUUUCUUAAUCUAUCCCUUAUUUAGCCCUGAGACACCAUUGAGACUGAAAUCUCUUUUGCAAGGGGGGCCUGACAAAAAACACAGUUACACAUAGUAGACAACUGACAUGAUAAAUAGGGCAUACUGAGAUGAUGCAAAGGGUAAUCAAGAUUACAAUCAAUCAAAUCA